CGACGAGCAGAAGAAGGCGAGAUUUGUUGACGGGCGUUAUGACAACACUGAUUGUCUGCGGUUGGUUUUAUUAACAAGCGGAAAACAUUGAUGAUUUCCUAUUUAUUGCUAUGUUUAGCGACGAAGCUCAAGUGCCCGUGAGUAUCCCGUCGUCAUGGAAGAAAUGUCAGCAGUUGACGCAGGAAUCGAGAGGCUGUCAGACCAGAGUGAUUGACAGCGCUGAAGCAGGAUUCCAGACUGUUUCCUGUGUGACUAGCGCAACUCAGACGGAGCUGCAGGAUCAAGUCACGACACGCUUCCUCCAGGACCCUCACGACGAGCUCUGUUCUCCGGGCCUGAAGGACUUUCUACGGCGGGUUGAAGUCCCGGUCAUCAGAGAGUUGGUGAGAAACGCUAAGAGUCACGCUUUUGAUGGCUUUCAGGUCAACUGGGAAGAACGCAAUCAGAUGGUGGUGUGCCUUCACCAACUUGAACAUCCCAAAGCUGUGGAGAGAGAUCUUCCUGUAACGAGCGUAUCCUGGAGUUGUACGGGUGCAUCAGUCGUUUGUGCAUACGGCCGGAUGGCAGCAGGUGACUGGAGCGAUGACAAGUCGUAUGUGUGCAUGUGGAACCUGGACCAUAGAGGUCUGAACCCCAAACAAGCUGACCUGGUCAUCCAUGUUACCACUGCAGUGACUUCCCUGUGCUGCCACCCCAAGCAGCCUGCUCUCAUCGCAGGUACGUCGCCGCCGCCGCUGCCAUUCAUUGCUACAUCUUAUUACUAUCGUCUGACCGGAUUCGAUGGAGGAGUGAACGUGUGCGCUGCUGUGGCUGCAGGUGGUUUGUACAGCGGAGAAGUGGUGGUCUGGGACACCAGUCAGACGACAGAUCCAGUGCUGGCACAAACGGCCAUGUCUGCAGACAGCCACAGGGAGCCUGUUUGUCAGGUGACCUGGGUGCCGCUACGCGAUAAAGGAGAGUUGGGAGUUCUGAGUGCAUGCUCGGGAGGAAGACUCCUGCUGUGGACGGUCAACUCGGAGCAAGGAAGAUGUGUACUGAAGGCAGCGUUUGCCGUGGUCCAACACCAGCUUCCUUCCAACAGCAGCAGCUUCAAGGUGAACGUCCAAGGAACCAUCACCGUGGGCGUCACGUCCAUGGAUCUCUCCGCCUGGGACCCAGAUACUUUGAUAGUCGGCUCCGAGAGCGGCCUUCUGCUGAGAUGCUCCCUCUCCUCCCAGACGCCAGCUGCGGUCACAUCUCCAAAUCAAAGUGUUCCACUGAGAGCUCCGGUGGUCUUCUCCUUCAGGCCCAGCAGCGGUCCCGUUCACUCCAUACACUGCUCACCUUUCCACAGGAACCUGUUUUUGAGCGCAGGGACUGAUGGUCUGGCUCACCUCCAUUCUCUGCUGCAGACCAACCCCCUGCUGUCCCUUCGCGUGUCAGACACGUACGUGUUUAAGGUGCAGUGGUCUCCAAGCCGGCCUUUGCUCUUUGCUGCGGCCACUGGACAAGGUGAGGUGCAAAUAUUUGACCUGAGCGGCAGGUCGCUGAGGCCGGCGGCCAGCAUUGGCCAGGGAGGCGUCGGCAAGGCUGCAACGUGUUUGGCCUUCAACAACCAGCACAGUGGCCUCCUCGCAGUGGGAAGAAGCGACGGAAUGGUUGGCGUUUGGAAACUCAGCACUGAUUUGACAGAGCAGAAGCCCACAGAGACGCACCUGCUGGAGCAGAUAGCCAAUCAAGUGGCAGAAUGACACAACGUGGCAAUGUUUCCCCUAGGUUUACAGCUUGGGCGGAAUAUCAACAAACCUGUACUGGAAAAGAAGGAAAGCAGAGUUUUUAAGGUGUCGUAUUGCUGGGUUGCAACCACGUGGCCUAGAGCCUAAUGUACCUAAUGCCAUACCUAAUGUAUGGCAGACGAAAGAGAAAAAUGGUGCAUGCCGUUUAAAUGAUUUGCUCCAAUUGUGUGAGUGUGCAUGGUGUGUUGCAUAACGACAUGAAACAGUUUAUAUUCCGUGUCAGACAUCAUGAAUGCAGCAGAUGAACAUAGUAGCCCUUCUCACAAGUCCUUCUGCAUUCUUAGACCAAGUCAGUCUGCAUGAAUACAAACUAUUUUUGCUGCUGUUUUUCCACGGGGAUGUAGCGUACGAUUAUUUUCACAGAGCAGGCUUUUUAAUCACGGCGGUAUAUUUAUGCUGUUUAUUGAAUAAUUGGAGCAUUUAGAUGAAGAGGUGUGAGGAAGUGAUGCAUCUAUAGCAGGGAUUUCCAAACCUUUUUCCAGUGAGGCCACAAAGUGAAAAAUGAAAGGAUGCAACUUUGCCACUUCGAUAUUUUGUAUCUUGCAACAUAUGCUUAGAAGUUCCAUCCAUCCAUUUUCUAUGCCGCUUAUCCUCAUUAGGGUCGCAGGGUAUGCUGGAGCCUAUCCCAGCUGACUUAAGGCAACAGGUGCGGUACACCCUGGACUGGUCGCCAGCCAAUCGCAGGGCACAUAUAGACAAACAUUCACUCGCACAUUCAUACCUGUGGACAAUUUAAAGUCGCCAAUUAACCUAACAUGCAUGUUUUUGGAAUGUGGGAGGAAACUGGAGUACCUGGAAAAACCCACACACACGCACAGGGAGAACAUGCAAACUCCACACAGAGAUGCCAAAAGGAGAUUCGAACCAAGAUCUUCCCGAUCUCCUGUGUGGCCAACAUGCUAACUACUCGGCCGCUAAGAAGUUAUACAAUACAGUAUAUAUGUAUAUUUCAAGAAAAAACUGCAUCGCAACUUGGUCAUAUACAGGGCAUAAAGUAUACCGGCACCGUGCCGGAUCGCCAGCGUUUACCUAUGAAUCAGAAAAGACAAAUUUUUUUUUAAACUAGGGCUGUCAAAUGAUUAAAAAAUGUAAUAAAAUUAAUCAGUUUUCACAUUUCAAAUCAUGAUUAUGACCAUUUGCAACUAAGUGUGAAAUGUGCACAUUUUUACUCUAUUUUAUGACCAAAAAGAUAAAAUGAACAAAAAGAAAUGACAGGACACAUUUAUAUACUUUAAAAUCUAUUUCCGUGACAGCAGUAUACCAUAAUUUCUGCUGUACAUGACACACCGGUGUUUAAGCCGCACCCACAUCAUUUAGAGAGAACAUAUUGGUACAUAUAUAAACCACACAUGUCUACGUCAUAAAAUGACAUACUGUGGUGUGCACGAGUCUGCGAGGACCAGGCGGCUCUUUGACAGGAGCCAAUCAUGAGCUAUGAGAAAACUCAUGACGAGCUUGUCAACCCAUCGGAAAUUACUGGAGGUCAUUACUCAAUAUAACAGUCUUGACUCACGGUGUCAUCUUCCUACAUAAUGUUCAACAAACUAAUGCCCGUGCUUGUGGUUAAGGAAGAUGUAGUCUCCCAUGCAAUUCCAAUUGCAUUAUUAAUGUAAGAUCUUUUUAUGACACCUUUAUUCUGUUUACACAAUUAGAUAUGAUGUGGCAAACAGCGCUCUUAUUUUGAAGGCCAGAAGUGUGUUUAUGUGUGUGUUGAGAAUGUCUGUUGACGGUUAAGACGUCUUUUUCCAGUUAGAACAUGAACUUUGUCAGCAGGCAUCGUAAAGCUCUUUCAUUAAAGUGGUACAACACUCGUCCCGCCUGAGACACACAAAGCCACACUAGCAUGCUCUGCUAAACUAAGCUAACCCCGCUACCUUCCAUUUAUGCUCCGUAAGAGGAGUUUCCGCCAACUUUUACCAAUGUUUUAGGUCGCCAUUUCAACAUGUUUAGUUCGGGAGGGGGCGGGUUAGUGUUUGUGAUGAGAUUCCCCCACGAUUGAGCGGUCCACUGGGGAAAUACUUUCCAUGUUCACAUUAUGUCAAUUUCUGCGAGAUUCCAUGUUUAACAGUAAACUAAAUUUUUAUUUUUUUAAAUUUUUUAUUAAUUCCACAACUCCAUUAACAUGGAAAUCAUAGGGCCCUCAAUGCAAUGCACGAUCACGUGCCCUUUUGAGUCCUUUAUGUGGCAAGCACUCAGAAGACUGUGCACAUUGUGCGUGGUGGUGUUUUGUUUUUUUUAAUAAAACUUUGUUAGACUUCAGUGUGUGUAUCAGUACUUUGAGCAAACUCAAUACAGUGAUCAUUUUCGUCAGAAUAAUUGUGAUAUGAAAUUUUUAUAUAGUUGCAUCUCUACACCCCAGCAAUACUGUACAUGUAAACACAAAAGCAUGAAAAAGCAGAACAUCCUGGAGGUUCUCCUCACAGUGACUUGCAGAAACAUAAAUGCAAGGCCACGUUCUGGGAAAAAAAAAAGGGUAAUGUUUUUAUUGAAGUAUUUGAUGGUUAGUUGAAAAGUAGCAAAGUUGAAACAUGUGGAAAGAAACAUUAAAUGGAAUGCCAAAAAGUCAAAUUUUCCCCCUCCCACUUGAAGGCACGUCCUCAGCAAUCAAACACAGACACUUGCAUUUGCUGUCACUCGGAGGAAUUUCACGUCCAAAUAACACGGCUUGGUCCCUGUCACUUGCUAAGGUGUCAUGUAGAGAAGAACAGACUGGCUUGGCUUUCCUUCAUCGAUGAACGUGAAAAGAAGCAGUGUCUGGUG